CAGCAACGAGUACGACGCAAUUUAUCCUCGCGUCCUUACUGUUUUGCUUGACUGGUCUGUUACCACGUUAAAAUGGGCCAUAGAGUUCCACAAUUCUCCCUGGAAAUGUCUGGCGCAAGAGGCUCAUGCAACCCCCUACGUUGUUACGAGUCAAGGUCCUCGAAAGACCGGCACAGCACGUUAGUCAUAGUUUUACCAUUUCAAUUCCUCUAUUUAAAUGGAGCCUUCGGAAAUGAACUGGAGCACCAAACUUGAGUUUCUGACAUUAGCAGGCCUUGCUACAUGUUCAUUUCCCCAGCAUUACAAAAUAUGAGGUUCCUUACGAAUCUGUCCGUCCCCUCUUUCUUCUUCCUGCUAAUUGGCUGCUCGACUCUCGCUCAGGCAGCUAGGUUUGAUAUCACCAACAACUGCCCCUACACCGUGUGGGCUGCCGCCGUUCCGGGUGGUGGGAGGCAGCUCGACCGUGGGCAGACGUGGCCCCUCGACGUCGCCGCCGGCACAAAGGCCGCUCGGAUCUGGGCCCGCACCAACUGCCGCUUCGACGGGGCUGGGAGGGGAAGCUGCCAGACCGGUGACUGCGGCGGGCUCCUCCUGUGCCAGGCCUAUGGCGUGUCCCCAAACACACUGGCUGAGUUCGCCCUGAACCAGUACAUGAACAGGGACUUCAUCGACAUGUCCCUCAUCGAGGGGUUCAACGUCCCGAUGGAGUUCAGCUCGACCUCCGGCGGGUGCAACCGGGUGAUCAAGUGCACGGCCGACAUCAUAGGGCAGUGCCCGGCCGCGCUGAAGGUCUCGGGCGGGUGCAACGGGCCGUGCCCGAUUUUCAAGACGAACGAGUAUUGUUGCAAUUCCGGUAGUUGUGGGCCGACUGAUUAUUCCAGGUACUUCAAAGGUAAGUGUCCGGAUGCUUAUAGUUACCCCAAGGAUGAUCCUACCAGUCUUUUCACCUGCCCUGGAGGGACAAAUUAUAAGGUUGUCUUCUCAGCUAGGUUUGACAUCACCAACAACUGCCCCUACACUGUGUGGGCCGCCGCCGUCCUGGGCGGCGGGAGGCAGCUCAAUGGUGGCCAGACGUGGCCCCUCGACAUCAAGGCUGGCACGACGGCCGCGCGGAUUUGGGCCCGCACCAACUGCCGCUUCGACAGGGCCGGCGGGGGAAGCUGCGAGACCGGUGAUUGUGGCAGGCUCCUCCAGUGCCAGGCCUACGGGAAGACCCCGAACACGCUCGCCGAGUUCGCCCUGAACCAGUACAUGAACAUGUACUUCAUCGACAUGUCGCUCAUUGACGGGUUCAACGUCCCGAUGGAGUUCAGCUCGACCUCCGGCGGGUGCAACCGGGUGAUCAAGUGCACGGCCGACAUCAUAGGGCAGUGCCCGGCCGUGCUGAAGGUCCCAGGCGGGUGCAACGGGCCGUGCCCGGUUUUCAAGAAGGAUCAGUACUGCUGCAACUCCAGCAGUUGCGGGCCCACCGAUUACUCCCGGUACUUCAAACAAAGGUACCCGAAUGCUUAUAGUUACCCCAAGGAUGAUGCUACCGGUGUUUUCACUUGCCCCGGAGGGACAAAUUGUAAGGUUGUCUUCUGUCCUUGAAGACAUGACUAAUAA